CUGAGCAAGGAGCAGAACGAUGUUUGACAACACGCAGUACCCCUAUAACUGCUUUAAUUAUGAUGGUGAUGAUUACCCUACCUGUAGUUCUGACGAAGAAAAGAAAUUCACCAGACCGGCGUAUAGCUACAUUGCCUUAAUUGCAAUGGCCAUCCAGCAAAGUCCUUCAAAUAAAGUCACCCUGUCUGGCAUUUAUGACUUCAUAAUGAAGAAAUUUCCUUACUACAGAUCAAAUCAAAGAGCCUGGCAGAACUCCAUCCGGCAUAACUUAUCACUAAACAGUUGUUUUGUAAAGGUUCCCAGAACAGAAGGGAAUGAGAAGGGGAAAGGAAACUAUUGGAGCUUUGCAACGGGAUGCGAAUCCAUGCUGGAUCUCUUUGAAAAUGGGAAUUACCGGAGAAGGCGGAGGAGGAGGAACAUGAAAAAGGAACAUAAAGAGCAAAGAUCAAGCAGAGGGAAAGGGUCUUCGUCCCCUGAUACAUCUCCUACGGACUCUGCUUUAAACAGCACUUCCUCUUCUGAAAGCAUACAUGAAAGAAUUGGCUCAGAACCAAGACUACUGGAGCCCCGUGGGUUUGCUCCAAACAGCACAGCCAGCAGGCAGAGCCUGAGCAGUUCCUCCUUAGCAAAAUCGGAUUCUGAAAUAAAAUUCAGCAUCGAUUACAUUCUUUCAGCCCCCGACCCUUUGCCUGUCCUGAGAUCUCAAUAUAAUAUGCAAGAAAACAAAUAUCACCUACUGGAGGCCCAGCAGAUCAAUCUCCAGCUCUGGACAAUGUGAAGUUAUUUAUCCACAGUAACAAAGCCUGGGUUGCAGUGCAGGCUGACAUCACUGCCAUCAGCUGUCCGCCUCCUCCUCCUGAACAACAUUCAGAAGGUGUUUUCCCUUCUCUGUCUGUACCCAAAGAGCUGUGCUGGGCUUGAAGUACAGAUAACUGUCACCAGCAUCAGUUUUUGCCACGCUGAAAUUCAUCGUACCCUGACGUUUUCUGAACUAUCACAGACACCAUCCACCACCACAGAGAGUUUCCUUUUCCAAGCAGGAUCUGACAGAACAGACUCACUCCACACCCAGUGCUUUCUUAGAGACAAAGUGAAUUUGAUUCCACUUUCACUGGUGGAAAUUUGAGUUAAUUCCUCUGAAAUUUACGGCUCAGCUCUUGAGCAGAUCUGCAACGGCGUAAUUCUGUUGAUCUACACUGGCUAAGAAUGUAAUGGGGUGGGGGUGAGCAUUUGUUUUCUUAAAAUGAAUCACAGGAAAUCAGUCUGUCUUCUCUUAAUUUUGAUUUUAUCAUCACAUCCCAAACUGUUGUGCACUAUGCAGCUUUAAUCCAUUGUUAUUUCGUAAAUAUAGCUAUUAAUAUGUGUUUAAGGCAUAUUUUUGUUGAUGUUCAGAGCAGAAUUGUUCGAAGUGCAGAAGCUGUGUUCAGGCUAAGCACAUGAAGGCUGAUUGUGAGGCUGUUGAAUACUGGCAGACACCAAUAGAUGAUGUGACAGAGGCAUAGGGUCUCCUCAUGCCUUGAUUUAAAAACAGAAAUUCCCCUCUCCCUCAUACUACCAGCAAAUGUCUCCAGAUGCUGCAGGAAAGCCCUUCGCCACAUUUUGUCUAGCAAGUACGAAGGGAGACCUGGGGUUGCAAGAAGCUGCAUUCUGUGUCAGCCACAGCCAGAAUCCCACCUAUCUGCUCUGAGACAAGUUGUAUAUUCCUACUAAAAAGAUUUCUAUCGAUCCUUCUUGCUAGCAAUUGACAAAGUGGUACCUGAUGAGAUUUCAGGAAGGCUGGUGAGCUGAACUAUGCACAGAGAGCCACGGUAGCUCCUGAUCUCCAUUCCUAAUGAAAACCAUUCCAGCACCAUUUACACACUGUGGGAUGUUUCAGAACAGAUCCUGAAGGACAACGCUGAACUCUGCAUGGCAUUUAGGAACUUGUUCUUAUGUAACUUGUCCAUAUGAAAUCAUUUCCUGGUACCGAAUGGCAGCAUCAGCAGAGGUGCCACAAAGCCUUGGUUUUGGCAACCAGAAACAUGGCCUA